CAAAUUUCAGUCAGUCGUUAGCGUGCAGCCAAACCGUGCGGACUUGGCACUCUUUGCCUGGCGAGCGAUGUUAGCAGAGGAUCUUUUUUUAAAAACAUUUAUCAAAGGGAAACUGAUUGAUUAAAAGACACAUUCAACAGUUGUUACAUUCUUUGGUGUUUGUGAAAAUAGUUUUUUGUAGGGAAUUACUGACCUAGUGCAGUGGAUGUGUAUUAACCGGGGGUGAACAUGUGUUUGAUCGAUGAUAAUUAUGAACGCGUUACCAAACUAUUCACUAAUAACAAUUAGGUGAAUUAAGAAAGUGUUUCAGUUUUAUUUUCGACGACCCGUCGGGAGGUUAGUGUUUGUUUUUGCUGUUGACGGUUUGCUUCGAUUGGAGGCGCGCACAAUUCUUUCCAAUCGUCUUAAAUUGAGUGUUCGUUCGUUCUUAAGUGCCGCGGGUGAUUAAUAGGAAUUUGUGGGACAGGCGCCACCACGAAAACAAAAAUCCUUUCGUAUCAGCUGAGUCAUUCGCCAUCGUGCAUCCAUCGGAGGCCUGCCUAAUUGAAAAAUGUCGCAGCACCCGUUGGCCAUUCGUUCACAAUGACAGCAACAUUAUGGUCAGGCAAUAAUGAGAGCACCGGGAAUAAUAUUACACGAGAUUAGAAUCUUGAAGUGGUUUGCGGUGACCAUCUUCACCGCCACCGGGUCUGCCAUCGCGGCGCGCACAUCGCAACUGUUUGCAACGGAUCCGGGAGCUUCGGGGUAAAUUCACUGGCUGAAAAAAACUAACGGAGAAGUUUGUCACAAAACCGGGGUUUUUUAUUUUAUGGCAAUUUGUUAGUUUCUUAUACCUUCCUUCCAAAUGUAAGAAAAAGCGAAGAAUUUCAUCGCUGUAGGGGUACAGUAGAACGACGUUCGUGUUCAAAUUCAAUCACGUCAUCACCAGCAGAGUAGGCGCGAAUUGCAUGCCGACUCCGGUGCCAAUCGACCCGGUCGGUGAAGAAAAUGACGAAUGAUACGAGCACAACAACAACAACGAAAGCCAACGCCAGCUACGAUCAGAGUAACUGCAAAAAGCGAGAAUCCUGGCAUUCGAAUGGGGAUGUGACGGGCGAUGCAGGGCCCGAUCCUGGCGGGGAUGGUGACACGGAUCCGAACUCGAAUGAUCGGGCGAAGGAAACGACGGCUCUCAAUCCGAAAGGGGCUCAUCUCGGCGGAAACAAGGAACGAGCCCUGGUUGUUACGCUGACCGGUGAGAGGCGCCGGGAGACGUGGAGUCAGAAGACUGAGUUCCUGCUAGCGGUUAUCGGAUUUGCGGUAGAUUUGGGAAAUGUUUGGCGCUUCCCGUACAUAUGCUACCAGAACGGGGGCGGUGCCUUUCUCAUCCCGUACUGUAUUAUGCUACUGUUUGGUGGGCUGCCGUUGUUCUACAUGGAACUGGCCCUGGGGCAGUUUCAUCGGUGCGGUUGCCUCACGAUUUGGAAACGGAUUUGUCCUGCUUUGAAGGGUGUCGGCUACGCAAUCUGCCUGAUCGACAUUUAUAUGGGCAUGUACUAUAACACGAUUAUUGGCUGGGCGGUAUAUUAUCUAUUCGCCUCAUUUAACACCGAGCUGCCGUGGACGAAAUGCGAUAAUGUAUGGAACACGGAUGCUUGCACCCCGAUCACGGCCAUGGCAGGAUACAAUACGAGUGUGCUGAAUGGAACCACCGGAUUCAUCAAUGGGACCGUCGAACUGCUGGGCAAUAUGACAACGACGCUGGUUAGUUCUCUGGUGGGUGGUGUAGAGCUGGAGAUGGUCCGUACAAGUCCAGCGAAAGAGUUUUUCGAGCGCCAGGUUCUGGAGCAGUACAAAUCCGACGGGCUGGAUUAUAUGGGACCGGUGAAGCCUUCUCUGGCAUUGUGUGUUUUUGGAGUGUUUGUCUUGGUUUAUUUCGCUCUUUGGAAAGGAGUUAAGAGUGCCGGGAAGGCGGUGUGGGUGACGGCACUGGCCCCAUAUGUGGUUUUAUUGAUCCUGUUGGCCCGCGGCGUGACACUACCUGGAGCAGCGGAAGGGAUUCGUUACUACCUGACUCCCGAGUGGCAUAAGCUAAAGAAUUCGAAGGUAUGGAUCGACGCCGCCUCACAGAUCUUCUUCUCCCUCGGGCCCGGCUUCGGGACACUCCUGGCCUUGUCCAGCUACAACAAAUUCAACAACAACUGCUACCGGGAUGCGUUGGUGACGAGCAGCAUCAACUGUCUGACCAGCUUCCUGGCCGGAUUUGUCAUAUUCUCGGUGCUUGGCUACAUGGCCCACGUGCAGGAUAAAUCCAUCGAAGACGUCGGACUGGAGGGACCGGGUCUGGUGUUUAUCGUCUAUCCGGAAGCAAUUGCCAUGAUGAAGGGUUCGAUAUUUUGGUCGAUAAUUUUCUUCCUGAUGUUGAUCACACUGGGACUGGAUAGUACUUUCGGAGGGUUGGAAGCGAUGAUUACGGCACUGUGCGAUGAGUACCCGAGAGCGUUAGGACGGCGGCGGGAGCUGUUUGUUUUGCUACUGCUGGUACUGAUCUACAUCUGUGCGCUGCCAACGAUGACCUAUGGAGGUGUUUAUCUGGUCAACUUCUUGAACGUUUACGGUCCUGGAUUAGCGAUACUGUUCGUCGUGUUCGUCGAAGCGGCCGGUGUGUUCUGGUUCUACGGAGUGGAAAACUUUUCCUCCGACAUUGAACAGAUGCUUGGCAAGAAACCGUCACUUUUCUGGCGCAUCUGUUGGAAGUACAUCAGUCCGACAUUUUUGUUUUGCAUACUGAUUUUCUCGUUGCUGGGAUAUGAAGGCAUGCUGGAAGGCGAGUAUAAAUACCCCGAAUGGAGCGUUGCUGCCGGUUGGGUACUGACACUGUCCUCGGUGCUAUGUAUCCCGCUGUACGUAAUCUACAAAUUUAUGAAGAGUCACGGAAGUUUCACUAGCCGUCUGCGUCAGACAUUUAAACCGGAACCGCUGAUACCGACGGUCGUUCCCGGGCAAAUCUACACCGGAACUGCCGUCUGACAUGAUUGCCCACCUGCUGCCGGUGAACGUCGACAGACUUCACAACAACAACAACAACAAAAACAACCAACUAAUUGUUGCCAUAGUAGCAGCCGCAGCUGCUGCUGCUGCUAUUGUUGCUUUGAUCGUAUCGAUUCACCAACGAACUGUAGCUGUUCCCCAAAACACUGCAACUACUACUACAACUACUACUACAACUAUGAGGAUCCGUCUAGCGAGUGUCCUACCUACAGUGAACAUCGUUCGUUUAGCGAUUCCACCGCUGUUGAUAACGAUAAUAAUCAUGCUGCUAAGCUUAGAGUUGAUCUGCUAUUAGAUGUCGACGCCGCCAACUGCAACUGCAAGAAACCUGUUAGUGAUGUUAGUGAUAAUAAUAAUGGUACUUACUACAGCUCCAGACGAAGCGGUAACAGUAUUAGCUACACCGCCGGACAAUAUCCGGCAUUCCGAACGAAGAAACUGUCGUUUCCGUUGGCCACGGAGUGGCUCGUUUGAUUCGAUAUAUGCCAAAGAGUUUAUAUCUCAUUUUACGGAGACUUCCGAUUUUUCUAGAAAUAGAUGCCAAUUACUACUACUCGAACUCGUUUUACACCUGUUACCUUUGUUACUUAGGCUGAGCAUUUAUUAGAAUCAAUAGUUAUAUCGAUAAGGGAGAUUCGUGCGACCGAACCACCGCAGAGACAGCCAUUUUGCGAUGGUUUGGAUCUCGUUACGGACUUUCCUCACUCCUCAAGUUUAUUACCUCGCUCGGUUUCGUUGCACAUCUACUUGGAAACGUGUUUGUUGUGCAUAUAUUGUGUACAAGUUAGCUGUUGAGUACCAUUUCAUAUUACAUACAGCAAGUAGCGAUAGUUUUUUGUUAGGCAAAUAACGAAUUGGAUGUGUUAAUGGUAUACAUUUUAUAAGUCUACAAAAAGUUAGUCGGAUAGUGUUCUAUAGAAGAGAUAUAUAUUUAGCCACAAGCCGUAGUUUAAUCAAAGUCGUUAGUGUGUUUAUAGAAUGUACUUAAGAAACUCUAUAGACUUAAAAUCUAAUAUUUUGUAUAGUUAGUAAGAACGCAAAGCCUGUACAACGCAUUUAAGUAAUGUUUUUUUAAGGUCUUCUACUGGAUUCGGAAAGGGCUCGAACUGAUGAUUAGAUGAUAUUAUAUUUGUGUUCAAGCUGCAACCAGCCAUUUGUAGCUUGAACACUGAAUUGCUAACCUGCAAAUGCCGGAUAUGCAUACUAGUAGGGGGAUUAGCGUUAUCGGUUCGGACUCUUCUGAUUUUUCGGACAAUAAAAAAGACUUAAGUUUGAUUU